AAUUUGGCCACGCCCUGGGAUUAGAACUAGCGAAAUAGCGAACUCCAGGGGUGGUAGCCUCAACGUGGAUGUUCUUAAUACAAUUUAAGCAUUGCAAAGGAACUGUUUUUGAAGAAUGGGGCAGUUAAACACGCUUGUACUUGACUGCAAAAUCGCAAGUAAACAGUUUAAUUUAUGAAUAUUUCAUAUGUCAUGACUGUUUGAUAGUUAUGGUGCUGAUGUGCUUGAUUGAACGGUAUAAUAUAUUCGGAUACAGUUUGUUGGAUGUGCGUUAUAUGUAAACCCUGAAAUUUAGUUUUAUAAUGUUGUGGAGAGCUUGUUCAUUCUCUUCCAAUUUAAUUUAAAAUAUAUAAGGCUGUAUUUGAGGGGCUGCAUGGUGUUAGCUAAUCAGAACAGUGGACGUUUACAUUUAAGUUUAAAGGAGACGCUGGUGCCAAAACUGUACGUUUGAGACAGAGGGCCAGAAACAGAGUGGAAAAUUUAACCCUGUUGUACCCCAUGCAAUAUUUGUUGUGGUUUAUGAAAUUUCUGUUGUAGUUCUGUUUAUUUGACAAUUUCAAAAAGCCAAAUACCAAAUGUGCAAUAUUACAAGGAAGCUUACACACAAAAAUCCUGAGGUUAAUUUACAUUAAUCCUCUUUAAAGAUUUACAUAAUCUGAUACAGUGCUUUCAGAAAGUAUUCCGAUUUUUCACAUUUUGUUAUGUUGCAACCUAAUGCUAAAAUGCUUUAAAAAAAAUCCACAUCAGUCUACACUCCAUACCCCAUAAUGACAAAGCAAAAAACAGAUUUGUGAUAACUUUGCAAAUUUAUUAAAAAGAAAUAACUGGUUUAGAGGUUGCCACAUAUGGAAAAAAGGAAAUCAGAUAGUUGGCACUUUAAUGUAUCUCUUUUGCAAAAUCCUGAAUUCCAGCAAACGCUGAAAUCAGUGUCUAUAUGGAGACCAACCGGUCCUCAGUAUCCUCUGUGGGCAUGGCUUGGGAGGCACUUAAGGUGGUUCUUAUGGGCUGGAUCAUACAGUAUGCCUCAUUCACCAAAAAAUUCAAAGCACAAGAACUCAUUGAAUUGGAAGGGAAUAUUAAAAGUGCCGAGACAGAGCUGAAGCGCCAAAUGUCGUCUAAUGGCCUCAGGGAAUUGACCCUAUUGAAAUACAGAUAUAAUACCAUUUUGUUGCGGAAGGUGGAGUUUUGGCUAUUCAGGGCAGGGCAGUCAUACUUUUGAGUCGGGGGACAAGGCAGGAAAACUUUUGGCUAUAUAUAUAAAACAGAGAGAGUCUUUUUCUACCAUUUCUUCAGUGAAAUCUGCUGGUGGUGAAAUAUUUACCUCAGCCACUGAUAUUAAUAAUGCUUUUAUAGGGGGCUUGGGUAGCUCAGCAAGUAAAGACGCUGACUACCUCACCUGGAGUCGCAAUUUCGAAUCCAGUGCGUGCUGAGUGACUCCAGUCAGGCUUCCUAAACAACCAAUUGGCCCAGUUGCUAGGGUGGGUAGAGUCACGUUGGGUUAACCUCCUUGUGGUCACCAUAAUGUGGUUCUCGCUCUCGGUGGGGCGCGUGGUGAGUUGUGCGUGGAUGCCGCAAAGAAUAGUGUGAAGCCUCUACAUGCGCUAGGUCUCCACGGUAACAUGCUCAACAAGCCACGUGAUAAGUUGCAUGGAUUGACGGUCUCAGACGUGGAGGCAACUGAGAUUUGUCCUCUGCCACCCAGAUUGAGGCGAGUCACUAUGCUACCAUGAGGAUUUAAAGCACAUUGGGAAUUAGGCAUUCCAAAUUGGGGAGAAAAAAGGAGAAAAUCAACAACAAAAAAAUAAUGCUUUUAAACUUUAAGCUUGGCGAGGUGAUAAAGGCCUUGCCUACAAAUGGCUUUGGCGCUGGAUUUUUUUAGAUCUUAUGCUACAGAACUGGCUCCACUUUUGCUAGAAGUUUAUACGGAAUCAUUAAAGAAUAGUAAGCUUCCACCAACCAUGAUGCAAGCCCGGAUCAGUCUGAUUCUUAAAAAGGACAAAGAUCCAAGUGAGUGUAAGAGUUACCGUCCAAUUUCCCUGAUCCAGCUAGACGUUAAAAUAUUGUCAAAAAUUUUGGCUAACCGAUUAAGUAAAGUUAUGACAUCUCUUAUACAUAUAGAUCAGGUGGGGUUUAUUCGGGGCCGUAACUCUUCUGAUAACAUUAGGCGUUUCAUUAAUGUCAUGUGGGCAGUGGCGAAUGAUCAGACUCCAGUCGCUGCCAGUUCACUUGAUGCCGAAAAGGCGUUUGAUAUGGUAGAAUGGGAUUAUCUUUUUAAGAUUUUGGAAAUGUAGGGGUUCGAGAAUACUUUUAUUGUGUGGAUUAAUUUACUUUAUAGACGCCUGGUAGCGGUGGUUCAAACGAAUGGAUUAAUUUCAGAUUAUUUUAUUCUGGAUAGGGGCACCUGGCAGGGUUGCCCUCUUUCCCUCUUAUUGUUCUGUCUUGCCCUGGAACCAUUAGCAGCCACGAUAAGAAAGGAUGAUGAUUUUCCAGGGGUGAUGGCGGGAGGUGUAGCGCAUAAGCUUUUGCUUUAUACAGAUGAUAUUUUAUUUUUAGUCUCCGACCCUACUAGAUCUAUGCAUCAGCUGUGUGCCUUUCCAAAUCAAAAAUCAAAUGCCUUUCCAAAUCAAAUUUGCCACAGGUGGACUCCAAUCAAAGUGUAGAAACAUCUCAAAGAUGAUCCAGAGAAAUGGGAUGCACCUGAGCUAAAUUUCAAAUGUCAUAGCAAAGUUAUCAAAAAUCUGGUUUUUGCUGUGUCAUUGUGGGGUAUGGAGUGUAGAUUGAUGUGAAAAGAAAAAUAAUUAAAAGCAUUUUAGUAUAAGGCUGCAACAUAACAAAAUGUGAAAAAAAUGAAGGGGUCUGAAUACUUUCUGAAUGCACUGUAUAGUGCUAAAUUGUUGGUAUGCAUGGAAAAUAAUACACAGACAAAGCCAUGAUCAUCAUAAUGCAGAGCAGACAGUGACAAGAGUGUUCAUUACUAAGGCUUAUAGCUUGAAAAGUACUGAAGAUGACCCAUUCAGGGCAUAAGCAACGUGUAGAGCGUUAGCACAGGCUUUAUUUAAAGUUCUGGUUCAGUCCCUUUUCUUCCCCCAUUUUCACACUCUCUCACUCCCAUUAGUCAUUGCGUCAUUGCAGAUCCGGCUUAGCAACAUUCCAGUUAGUCCUGUUUGAGUUUUGUAUCACCCCACUUCAUCUGAGUAUAUUUGAGUGUGCGCAUAUCCCAUGCAGGAGCUGAAGGGAAAGUUUAAACAGUGCCCCAUUGGUAGAUCAAUCUGUGGAAAUAGGUAUUUAUUAUCUUCUAAUAUUUUUUGAAAAUCUGUGAACUUUUUCGAUGGUCUUCUGUGUGGAGACUGCACUCUACCCAGUGCAGAGUAGUUCCUGGAAGUGUCAGAGUUUUUUGCGGAAAACAGACCACAUACAAAUUGAGGUGACUGUCAACAUCUCAGAAAUUUAUCGAGAUGCCUGUUCCUCCACCCCCACCACCUGGACCUCCACCACCACCAACCUUUAGCCAGGCAAACACCACUCCUCCCAAAAUUUCUCGAGAUGAAGCAAAGGGAAGAGGAGCUUUGCUGUCAGACAUCUGCAAAGGCGCGAAUUUAAAGAAAGUCACCGUGGUCAAUGACAGAAGUGCCCCUGUUAUUGAAAAGCCUGGAGGUCGAGGUGGCAGCAGUGGUGCCAGUGGGGGAGGGGGAGGUGGAGGUGGGGGGGGUGGAGGAUUUGGAGGUGGUUCUGGGCCGAUGGCCAUGGGAGGGUUGUUCAGUGGAGGAGUACCUAAACUACGGCCUGUAGGAGACAGCUCUGUGGGAAGGUCUGCACUGCGGCCACCCGGCUCUCGCUCUGCAGUGCCCCGUGCUGCAAGUCAUUCAGAGCUGGAUGGUUCUGCCCGUAGUGGAGAAGGAGAUCGCGUCACACCUCUUGAACAACCACGAAACCAACGUUCCUCACUACCAGACGUCCCCAAAUCAUCUGCUGCCAGCAGCUCCACUAAACCUGCCCCACCUCCACCACCACCAUUCAAUCGCGACGGCAACCGUGGACCAUCUUCAGCCCAACAGGGUUCUGGGUCUUCCCAUAGUCGCGAGAAACCCCUUCCACCACCUCCUGUAACCAAGGGGCCUCCACCACCAUCGUCUUCUCGUGAUGGGCCUCCUAGACAUCCUCCCCUUUCAUCUCGCUCUUCUUCAUCCUCACCCUCUUCAAAUGCGCCCCCACCACCUCCUCCUUAUCGUCAGCCACCUAAUGUCACAAAUGUUGACCCAGCUCCUGAGUUGCCACAGAGGCGAAACUCACUGAACAAGAGGGGCCACUCCAAUGCUAACACCCGUGGUCAAGCUCCACCUCCUCCCCCUCCUGCCCAACAGAACAGACGACCCCCACCACCAGCACGCGACCCAGUGGGCCGCAGCACAGCUCCUCAGGUUCCUCCUCCUGGGUCUCGUAACGGGAUUCGGGAAACGCCACCCCCUCCUCCUGCUUACCGGUCACAAACCUCCACUGAAACCCCCAGUCGAGUAAAGCCCCCUGCUCUCUCCUCCACCGGGCGUCAGCCUUCAGGACACGCACCUCCUCCUCCUCCUCCUCCUCCACCUCUCCGGAAUGGACAUCCACCGUCUGUCUCCAAGUCGUUUGCUGAUGAUUUCGAGGCCAGGUACACAUUCCACGCUUUAGAGGAUCUGCCCCCUCCUGAAGAAUACAGACCUUUCCAGAAGAUCUAUCCCAGCAAAUCCAAAAGUGCUAUAACAAGAGGUGCUCCUCCACUGCCUCCUGUUGGCAGGUGAACACCAUUCAGGGGAGAGAAGGACCAAAAAGAGAUGACACACACACACACACACA